AUGCCAACUGUAAGUAUGGCUAAUUUCGAUAGCGAAGACCUAUUAAGUGCUAGGCUCCUAUCAUUUAUGGCUAAUGGUGAUCAAUCGAACUCGGAGGGGCAGUAUCAUAUGAGUGGAAAUACUGACUUUAAUACAUCAAAUUUUUAUUCACUUAUGUCGGAAUCUGGAAAUACAAGUUUCAACAUUAAUUCACCAGGUCACCGAAACGUCCAAACCUCACUAAUUUACGACAGAACAUCUAGUGGGAUAUCUUUAAGUCCUUCGAAUGAAAAUGGAGUAUAUGGUGGGGUACCUGUUAGUCCCAUAUCAGGGCCAAGUACCCCUCCUCCGACUGUUAUGUCUCAAGCUGAUUUGGCCGAUAAUUUCCCGAAUAUGCGUUACAACCAUAUUGGAGUACCUCCUUACUCAGCACUUACGUCUCCAUGUCUAGGUAACAAGUUGGGGUCCAUCCCACAACACUCAUUGUUAAAUUUGAACAACGGAGCUGGUGAUCGUCACAGUUUGCAAAACUCUCCAUUUUACAAUCACUAUCCUGGAAAUUUGCAGACACAUUUACAGCGACAAUAUCCUGGGUUAUCACCAGGACCUGCUGGGACAUUAUUUUCUAAUGGGGUGGGUGGAUUUGGUACUACGUCACAAAAUCUAAUAUCAAAAAAUGGAUUAUAUCAGGAUGCUGCAUUUUCACUUCCCGGUUUUCGUCCUACAAACUCAAGUUCCACAUACUGCCCUCAGCGAGAACUGUUUCCUACCAUCCAGUCAUCCCAUCCAAGUAACAGCUGCCAUAACUUUGUGGGUCCUGGUCUUUUGAUGCAAGAUCGUUUACACUACUAUGCUAUCGCACAGAAGCAUGGGUUUAUAGUUGGUGCCGAAUUGGAGCGGAUUAAGGAAAACUCACGCCGUUCUACAAGUCAGUCUUACGGCAGAAUUUCAGCAUAUUUUCGUAAUCGUUAUGGUGAAACAGAAGCUAAAACCAAAGCAGCGUACCUCCAACUAGGAGUGCGGGUGCCAAGCAAGGAUCAUGUUUCAGAAAUUGUUGGAAAAGGUGGUCAAAAAAUCAAAUUGAUACGUGAAGAAACUGGCGCUUUAAUUACAACACCUGGUGAACAAGAAGAACAUGUGUUUAUCAUUGAAGCUCCCCCAGAAAUAGCGAUGCGUGUUGCUCAUCAUCUAGCCACCAGGGCACAAGAAAUAACUCAAAGUAAGAUUGUUGCAGGCGAAAGAAGACGUGGUUCUACUAGUUCCCAGCCAUGUGGUACAGAUAGCGGAGUAAAUAUGACUAAUGCGUCUACUGGUAACUCAGGACCAAACUUAACGCCUGGUGGUUCAAACAACUUCGUUAUUUCUAACACAUGUCCUGCUUCUGGGCUUUUAUCACUAAGCAACAGUGUGAAUAACUCACCACUUCAUCCAUCUACAACUGUAAAUGCACAUUUCAAUGGUGUUAUUCUUUCUUCAAACAGCUCUGUCCGUAGUUCAAAUGCAACCAUAUUUACUCCCUCAUUCUCAAGUUUACCAGCUAGUCCAGGAAACUCGAAUUCAUUGGGUAGUCAGUUACAAACGAAUACAAUAACGAGCACUGGCAUGUUUUCAAGCACAAGUACACCUGGUAGUCGUGUGCUUUUGGCACGUGGUCGAAUAUCUGUUCCUCAGGAAAUGGUGGGUAAGAUAAUUGGCACUCAGGGGUCAAUUAUUACUACUAUACAAAAGGAUACUGGCACGGAGAUAAAAAGCCCUCCUAAAGAAGCUGUACGUGGUCCAAAUGCAACGUCUGAAUUCGAAAUUUCAGCAUAUCAAGGUUUAGGCUUAAGUUCGAACCAGGCUGCUGAAUGUAGAGUGCAACAAGCCAAGCAGUUGAUUGGUCACUUAGUAAUGAGACAGUUGGAACGACGCGCCAGCGAGGAGGUGGAAGAGGCUUCUGGAUCAUCUAAUAUAAGCUCUGAAGAUCAAAGAGUUAAUGGUCCCAGUGCAUCGACAGUAUCUAAUGUUUGUAACAGCACUUCAAAAACAAACGGUGGCGGUAAUAAUGGUUGGAUGUGGCCUGAUGUUGCUCAAAUGGAUUCACAAGAAGCUCGUGAAGUUUUAGAUCGCAUACUUGUGGAGUCCAAAAAUAAAACUCGUCGAGCCAAAGAGCUCGCUGUUGUUUCUACAGGGCCUGCAUCAACAUCUGUAUGUUCGAUAACCACUAUGAAUACUCAGAGUUCGUUACUUAAUCUAAAAGGUUGUAAUGGUUCUCAAAGUUUAUCUGGAGAUAAUCAACAUUCUAAUCAUUUUCAGUCUCACUUACUGAAUGGGACUUAUUUUGACAGUGCUCAAACGAAUGGCUGUGAGGAUGUAAUUUCUGGUGAUGCCUCUGCUUGUAAUGGCAACUCAAGCAAUCAAUGUGCACUAAAUAAUGACUCAAGAAUGUUAACAACUCCAUUUAGUCUAAACAAUGGCCACUUUAAUCAUCGUUCUUCAACUACAUCAACUGACGGUGCAUCUAAUGGAUUCCAAAUGUGUAUUCCACGUACUGUUCAGAGUUUCGACUUAUCUCUAUCAAAUGAUUUCCUUACUAAUAUAAACCGUGCCCCUGGUUCUAAUUUGGUUUCUGACAUAUGGAACUCAGUAGCUCCGCCAUUCACCUCAGUUCCAACGGAUUCCAGUUCACAGCUUCAUGGUUACGUUGGCUCUAGUUCCACACUAAAUAAUAUAAUGAAUCCGUCAUCACCUAGUCGUAAUGGCAAUUCUAUCAAUUGUUCAAAUCGUAUUAUAAGUAGUCGUACAUUAGAUAAUUCUUUCGACACUGCAAUUUUCAACUUCAGCGACACAAGACGGGAAACAGAUGGUGACAUCAGCCCAACUAUCUUGCUUCAUGACCGUUUACAACAUGAACAAGAUCUACACCAACCUCUAACUCGUCGACAUAGUGAUUGGAUCGUCCCUUCUUCUCAUUUGCUGACUGAGCUUUCAGCUGAUUCAGGGAAUACUGCUUCUUCACCAGGUCGUCAUAAUGUAGUUAUCGAUAGUGAACCAAAUUCACAGUCAUAUUCGGUAAACAACUUUAAUUUUAUCCAUGAUUUAGAUCAGUUAUGUUUGAGCUCGUCCUGUGAUAAAGAUGCUGCCGCCAAUGUUACUACCACGAUAUGCACCACAUUGAAUAACUGUGUAACUAUUUGUCCUCCUGGUUUUGAAACACAUGACCUCAACGAAAAUGAAUCUGUCUUCAGUCUUAAAACUAAGGAGUCGCUGGUAAAUUCUACUAAACUCUGGUCAUCUUCAAAUCCUAGUAAAACUCACUGUACUGGUAAUAUUACUAGUAAUACUAUAAAUGGUGUUAAAAAUAUUAAUAUUUCUCAUAAUCUACCACCACCAUGUACUGAAUCACUUGUUGGAUCAAGAACAUUUUCUAAUACUUCUGUACUGCAACGUUUGUUCAAUAAUCCAACAAGUCAAGCCUGCAAUCCAAUUUCUACGAAUAACAAUGAUUUUAAUAUGUCCGGCCGUUUGAACAGUUCCUUUUGGCCUCAGGCUAGUAAUGAUCACAUUCCGAUUUGUUGUUCAUCAAAUAACAUUGACGAUUCUUUUGGAUUUUCUUAUUUGCAAAGUGAGAAUCAGUUUCAACACCAUCAAAGUGAUGCUGCUACGCGAAGUUCAUCAUUUUUUCCUGAAAAUUUAAAUGAAUACACCGGUUCGAUUGGGAUUAAUAAUGGUAGUAUUAAUGAUAAUAGUAAUAAUAAUAAAGGAGCAGAAAACACAGCUAAUAAUAGUAGUAGUCAAUCUGCACGUUGUGGUACUAUUGGUGAAGGUCGUCGUCGAAGACGCCCUAGUCCAAAUCUGUUAUCAACUAAUAACGAUACUAUGGCUUUAUCAGUUUCAUCUUCAUUGGCGUCUAUUACAGAAGUGGCCUAGAUAAUCCCGCUUCAUGGUAAUCUGUAGCAAUUUUAGCCUUUAAACUAUUUAAGUGAUCUUUUUAUUUCACUUAAAAUAUUAGUGAAUUAUGGACUUGGCAUGCAAUAGAUUAUUGUUAUGUAUUAUUUAAUUUUAUCAAUUUUUCACAAUCCUAAUAUCACUUUGGUGGUAUGUAUUACAUUUGUAUGUUGACAGUGUGAAACUUCGUUAUCGCAUUUCGGGAAACUAUUAGUACUAUUUGAUAAUGGUAUACCUGUGGUAUUGUUUUUUUUUAAAAAUAAUUGCUUUCCUAUUUCACAAUUGGCUUCCACGAAUUGCUUAAGUAAACCCCAUCACCUAAUCCUCUCUAAUUCUCAUAACACUCAAUGUUGUCCAUUUUCAAAGUACUGUACGUACAUAUGUUCAAUCAUCUUUCUCUCGAAAAUUCCAGUUGUUAUACGUAUACUUCAAUUUUGUCUCUUUUAUUGAGUAAUUCUUUGAUCUACAACAACGAUUCUUG